AAUGUAUUUGUCUUCACACUUGUUUUGGAUAAUCUAACUAGGGUAAUAGUUUUACAUCAUACUCAUAAUUAGUCCAUUGAAAAGCCUCAAUUACCGCUCUAUAUUCGACAUUUAUUACAGCCGGUUUUGUUACUCUUAAUCAGCAAGUUUAGCCAUGAAAUUAGAUUUCUUCCAUUCAUUACUGGGACCCCUAACCUAUAUGUGGGUGGUUCUCAAUAAUUAACCUUGCGGCAUCUCAUUAUUCUGUCGACAGAGACAAAUUAUUAGUGGCAGAAACUCCUGUACGACGAUUAGUCACACCUUUACUCUUUGGUGCAACGAGUUGGCUGGUCAGGAAAACUUGUUACAUUGUUGAGAGAAGACACUUAAAUUAUAAGUUGAGUGAGACCAGUCACACUCGAGACUAGGUUGGACGGCUUUAAAUCAUGUUACGUUCAUGGUCAUGGGACGAGAUUGGGAGUAGCAAAGUUACCCCCAACCCCAACCCCAACCCCAACCCCAACCCCAACCCCAACCCCAACCAAGAAAGGAAUUUAAGUAGUUGUACAUAUUAUUAGUAGUAUAUGGUAUGCAUGCACAUCAAAAUAUUAAUGCGUGUAUAUGAUGAUCACUACUCAUGUAUUUUCAUCCAUCAUCAACAUUAAAACUCAAGGUGGUGGUAGAUACAAAUCCACAUUCUAUUUCUUCUAUCCACAAUAUAUAUUUUUGAGUUUUGUCCCAAACUGCAAACAUAUCUUUCUAUAACUCCUUGUCUUUCAUUCAUUCGCGUCUUUUCCCUCUCAAAGCGGGCUCUUACACUCAAAUUCUUCCUUUAAAGAAAGACAACAGGUUGAUCAAAUAUCUGAGCUGAGUGAUUGAUAUCGAUUUUAGUCCAAGAAAAGUCAGUACAGUUACCUAGCCAUGCCUCGAAGCACAGCUCUUCAAUGGCUUAGCUUGGUAGGCAUCAUAUGGCUUCAAUCAGUUAACGGAACAAACUCAAAUUUCCCUGCUUAUUCUUCCCAGCUGAAGCAACUCCUCUCUCUAUCUCAACUGCAACUCAACAACCUUGCACUUGCAUCUGAUGUUGGGAAACUCUUUGGUUGGUUGGCUGGCAUUGCUGCCAUUUACCUACCUUUAUGGCUCGUCCUUUUAAUUGGUUCUACUCUCGGCUUCAUUGGCUAUGGCUUGCAAUAUCUUUUCCUCACCCAUUAUAUCACAUUCCUUUCUUAUUGGCAUAUCUUCUUUCUCACAGUUUUAGCAGGAAAUGGUAUUUGUUGGAUCAACACAGUUUGUUACGUGGUUGCCAUUAACAACUUUCCUUACCACAGACAGGCUGCUGUUGGUCUCACUACUAGCUAUUUAGGGUUAAGUGCUGUAAUUUAUACAGCGGCUGUUGGUGCGUUUUCUUCUAAGCCUUCUCAAAGGGCUGAAGAAUACAUGCUUUUCAAUUCUAUCUUUCCUCUAGUAGUAAGUGUCAUUGCUGCACCUUUUGUCCGGCAUAUUGAUACUGGAAAGCCUAAAAAGGUUGAACAUGGGUUUUUUGUUGUUCUGAUGAUAACAAUAGCUACUGGUAUAUAUGCUGUAACCAGUAGCUUGGGACCGAUCUCAAGGAAGUCUUCACCAUGGUUUAAAGUGGUUGGUUUAGGAGGCUGUUUAACAGCACUGUUAAUAAUUCCUAUGGCAGAAUUUAUGGUUGGUAUAUUGGAAGAAAAAUGUCAUAUAAACAGGGAAAGACGAGUAUGUGAUCUUACAACUGAUGCUGAUGAAGUGGAUGAUCAUCAGGAUGUUGAGAAUCGAAUUAAAGAUCAGGAUAAUGAUAUUGUUGAAGGUAAGCAGGAGAUUUGUGCCAUGGAAGAUAUUGGUGUCAAGUUGAUGCUGAAGAGACUGAAUUUCUGGCUCUACUUUUUCACAUACAUUUCUGGUGCCACUCUUGGUUUGGUUUAUCUGAACAACUUAGGACAAAUAGCAGAGUCUCGAGGCUACGCUAGGACAUCUUCUUUGGUCUCAUUGGCUUCUGCAUUCGUAUUUUUUGGCCGUCUCUUGCCAUCCAUCCUAGACUAUGCUUACUCAAGGAGCAAGUGCAUGGUUCCAGGGCCGGCUACUAUAGCAGUUGCAAUGUUACCAAUGGCAACAGCAUUCUUUUUGCUGGUGAUCAAUGGAAGCAACCUUUCUCUUCAUAUCUGUACAGCAAUUAUAGGUUAUUCUACAGGUGCAAUCACUGCCAUUUCUGUUACUACAACAACAGAGCUAUUUGGACCGAACAAUUUUGGAGUGAAUCAUAAUGUUGUGGUGGCAAAUAUCCCUUUAGGUUCCUUCCUAUUCGGAGGUUUAGCAGCACUUUUGUACCGAACACAAGGACAUGAACAUGGCAGAUGCUUGGGUCUGCAAUGUUAUAGCAUGACCUUCCUCAUCUGGGGAUCCCUUUGUUCUCUAGGAGUUGUCCUAGCUUUAGUACUUCAUUUUCGUACUCGCAAAUUCUAUCUGCAAAGGUUGUAGAGGCAGAGUAGCAUACAUAUACGUAGUAUAGUUGUUAUGCUUACUUACAAGGAGAAAUACUAGGCAGCAUUUUAGGAUCUGUUGUCUUUUUGACAGCCCAAGAUACUAGCUACCAGGUGCAUGUAUUUUUCUCUUGGCAGUUGCAGGGCUGUGUAUACGUAGUAGAGUCACUAGAUCGAGUCAUAAAGUUCUUGCUUAAUUUGACAAGAUGUGUUAAUACUAGCAAAUGUAGGUGGAUUAUCAGUAGAGUUUCUGCAUACAUGAUAAUUCCAUGACUUGAGGUUUCAUCAGCUCUUUUUGUUUCUGGGUA